AUGAAAUCAUCUCAGCAACCACAAGAACAAGAACAUCGUUUGAAACAAGAGAGUAAUGAAGAUCAACUUUCAAGUGAUGAUGAUGGUAAUAGUCUGAUCGUUUUGUACCCUUCUUCUUCUUCUCGAAGACCAUCCACAACAUCAACAACUGCUUGCGUCACUCACCAUCAUUCCACAAAGGAGAAUUCAUUAAAUUCUCCUCAUCACAACAUCAACAGCGGUGAAUCGUUGAAGGACUACCCGGCGACUGCGAUACUUCAAAGAAUGAUUUCCAAUGAAAAGAGAAUGGCGAGGACUUUGGGUAUCAAGUCUGCUUCGGAAUUUUGCUUUGGAAGAGGUCACAACCAACAACAACAACACCAUCACUAUCGUUAUCGAACAUUGGGUCUGCACUCACAUCCUCAUUCUCAAAAUGCCAGGUCAGCAUCUCAAUCAGUGACCACAGGAAUGAAAGGACUCUUGGAAUUUCCUCUCUCUCGUUCUUCAGCGGUGAAUGUGACAUCGACUCACCAGCAGAGAUCCCUCAGCGGCAUCUACGGAAGAAUGGUGAAAAAGUGUCCUGUUCUUGAUUCGCCCAAAAUUAUUAAUACAGAACCACCUCAAAAGUCCGCUACAACCACUUAUUCUCCGCAACAGUCCCAGACCACACACCAUUCCUGCUCCUCCUCCUUCUCGCCGUUACCACCAUCAUCACUACCUUCCACAAGUUCAACUAACACCCCAACUACCAUCCCAAUCACCACCACUCCUAAUACAACAACAGCACGAGCAACAACCACUCAGUCAUCCUGCAAGAACAAUUUCCCACAAACUCCAAACUCUCCUUCCUCCCAAAGAUGCUCUUUUGACUCUAAAAUUAACAUGCUUUUUUCAUGUACAGAUGAGGAAAUGAACGAAGAGUCUCUUCCUCAAGAAACAUUUAAGCAACCAUACUCGAAACCAGUCACAUCCAUCAUCUUUGAAGAAAUUGACACCGAUUUUAACCCUAAGAAACGAAAACAAGAUAACGAAACGCAACAAGAUGCAAGUUCCUCCUUACCAUCCUUCACUUCAAGUCAACUCAAAUUCAAGAAACAAAAAUCCAUUGAUGAAAUUACUGCUGAAAAUAUGUAUGAAAGUUUGCUGAAUCAGUGUCGAAAGAAUUACAUUCCUCAGUUGGAGAAAAUGAAUGCACUUGCAUCUGAAUUGAUUGAAUCUCCAAAUGAAGAAGACACUCAGGAACCGUCAUGUGAAGUGGUGCCUAUUCUCUCUCGACACCAACUGGAUCUUGUUGUGGGAGAGAAAUUGUGCGCCAUUACAGGUCCCAUGACUUCUCAAGACAAGUCCAUUAUCAAGUUUAUUGAAAACAAUCCUAUUAAUGACUUUUUAUUAGAAUUGUUGGAAAAUAAAAAGUUUAAUGGGUUUUAA